AAGAAACCCUUGUUCCCAAAUAGCCGUCUGCAAAGACAGACCAGAGCCGGAAAAACAAUUGCGAAAACAAAAGGGGGACGAUCGCGAUCAGAACGCAGAGGCAGAGCCGCCCGUUGCUGGAGUGCCGUGCCCACCGCCAUCGCCGACCGUCAAGCAGCGCCGGUCGCCUAGCAGCGCCGCUACCAUCGCCGGCCGCCGCUCUCAGGUCCAACCGCAACCGCCGUCGACACCCCCGUGACGGAGAUGUUGGAGACAGAUAAAAAAAGGAGAGAGGGGAAAAAAACUAUCGAACAAGCAGGUUCUGUUCGUUGAUUUCGAAAAGAAGAAAAAAAUUCCAUCUCUUUCAUCAUCUAGGUGAGGAGCAUCGCCGUCGCUGAUUGCUACCUUCAACCACCCACCAUCAACUAUUGCCACCGUCGAACACCACUUUCGCUAGAAGAGGGGAAGGUGGGGAGGCUUUCAGAUCCGCCACCGCCGAUCGCAAGCCAUCGUCCGCCGUCCGUUGACCCCGUAGCCGGCGUCGUUGAUGAUUCAAGCAGUAGGAGAUAGGAGUCACAGCCUGCUAGCUCUCUCUCACGCAACCCUCUCGCCUGUGGCCGCUCAGGUGCGCACUGCCCUGCCGAGUCGCCAGUCGUCGCUGAGUGAGCCACACCUGCAAUUGAGCCCUAAUUUGUUGGAAUUCGAAGCUGGUUCGGUUGAGAAAAAAAUGAAUGGCGCUGAAAGACGAUUUAAUACAAAUGAAGAGGACGAAGAUGAUGAAGAAGAAUCUGGGAGAGGUAUUGAGGCGUGGGAGAGAACCUAUGCAGAUGAGAGGUCGUGGGAGUCUCUACAAGAGGAUGAAUCUGGACUCCUGCGCCCUAUUGACAACAAAACCCUCUACCAUGCUCAGUAUCGCCGGCGCCUCCGCACUACAUCUGCUGCCCGAAUUCAGAAGGGCCUGAUUCGCUAUCUCUAUGUUGUACUUGAUUUCUCCAAGGCAGCUACUGAAAUGGAUUAUAAACCAAGCAGAAUGGUUGUGGUUGCAAAACAAGUGGAGGCUUUUAUUAGAGAGUUCUUUGAUCAGAAUCCCUUGAGUCAGAUUGGCCUGGUAAUGUUGAAAGAUGGGGUUGCUCAUUGUUUAACCGAUCUUGGUGGCAGCCCAGAGGCUCACAUUAAAGCAGUGAUGGGUAAGUUGGAGUGCUCAGGUGAUGCUUCACUUCAGAAUGGGCUCGAACUUGUGCAUGAUCUUCUAAAUCAAAUCCCAUCAUAUGGUCAUCGUGAAGUUCUCAUUUUGUAUUCGGCUCUAAAUACUUGUGAUCCGGGGGAUAUAAUGGAAACAAUUCAGAAAUGCAAGAAAUCCAAGAUAAGAUGCUCAGUUAUUGGCCUCUCUGCUGAACUCUUUAUAUGCAAGCAUCUUUGCCAAGAAACUGGUGGAAUGUAUUAUGUUGCAUUGGAUGAGGCUCACAUAAAAGAAUUGGUACUGGAGCAUGCCCCGCCACCUCCAGCAAUAGCAGAAUUUGCAGUUGCAAAUUUGAUCAAGAUGGGUUUUCCCCAAAGAGCUGCAGAAGGUGCGAUUUCAAUCUGUUCUUGCCAUAAGGAGGCUAAAGUUGGUGGGGGCUACACUUGUCCAAGAUGCAAAGCACGUGUUUGUGAACUGCCUACUGAAUGUUGUAUUUGUGGUCUGACCCUUGUUUCUUCUCCCCAUUUGGCAAGGUCAUACCACCACCUAUUCCCUAUCACUGCUUUUGAUGACGUGUCACCCUCUAUUAAAAACAAUUUGCAAAAGGUACCAAAGAAUUGUUUUGGCUGCCGGCAAAGUCUCUUAAACCCUGGCAACAUUCCCGCCCCAUGUGUUGCUUGUCCAAAAUGCAAACAACACUUCUGUCUUGAUUGUGACAUCUACAUUCAUGAGAGCUUACACAACUGUCCAGGCUGUGAGAGCUUCAAGAGUUCUGCAUCAGUCAGCAAUAUGCAAGAAUGAUGGGAAUUCAUAAAGCCCUUUCAACUAAAAGACUUCAAUCUCUGGUUUGCGCUCUAAAACAGAAGAGUGAUAAUUGAUUUGCAUGCUUAAGGUGUCUAUCCUCUCCACACAAUUCCUUUCAUUGAGGGGGAUAGUUCUGCGUAAAACUAGUCAAGGGGGUAUUCAUUAGAUACAUAUAUGUGGAACAAAAUUUUAUCUGUGGGGCCUUGGAGAUUUGGAAAAUGUUAAAUCGCUUCAGUUUGAGCUUUCAGAGCUCUGCUAUAGACAUGAAUAAGAUUUUUAAUUUGCUUUACACUUGCUACCAAUACUGUUGUGGGCAGAGUUUAGCUUCCAGGGAAUUUGUAUGAAACUGUUGCCAAGAGAAAAUGAUGAGUGAUGAAAUACCUUAUUAUUUUGGAAA